ACCUGUCGGUUUCCUUAAGGGUGUGUUUGCUUCUGUAUUUUUUUUAAGCUUUCGAAGCUUAAUAGACAGAAACCCUCCAGAGAAUUCGCGGCUCAAAACUAGGAGAACCAGAAAUUGAACAGUGAACACAAAAAGACAUAAACUUUGUUGUAUCGUCGACUCUGCUCGUUUUCAGUUUCACCGAACUGUUUAGGAGAAAGAUUAUGUUAAGGUCUAGACUUUCAAGAAUUGGAGCUGGGAUAGUCAAAGAACUCUCAAGAGGACAAUGUACAGCCAUUUGUAGAUCAUCAUUUAUACCAAGGCUGUAUAGUGCAUGUUGGCGACCUCAGGUUGAAUUACACCCAGAAACUAAGGGUUUCCAAGGUACUAUAUUUCGAAAGCAUUACCAGUUCUCUAGCACAGCUACCAGUAGUGAUUCUGCAAAUGGGAGUGACCCAGAGGAGAUGAUAUCCAUAACAUUUGUAGGUAAGGACGGGGAGGAAAAGGAUAUCAAGGUCCCUGUUGGAAUGUCCAUGUUAGAAGCUGCUCAUGAAAAUGAUAUAGAACUUGAAGGAGCAUGUGAAGGCUCACUUGCUUGUUCGACGUGUCAUGUGAUUGUGAUGGACAUGGAAUACUACAACAAAUUAGAAGACCCAGCUGAUGAGGAGAAUGACAUGUUGGAUUUGGCAUUUGGGCUUACAGAAACUUCUCGUCUGGGUUGUCAAGUGAUUGCAAAGCCUGAGCUCAAUGGAAUGCGCCUAGCUAUUCCUGCUGCCACUCGUAAUUUUGCCGUUGAUGGGUAUGUUCCAAAACCACACUAGACAACAUGUUUCGGCACCAGAAGAUGUUUAUCGAGUGUAAAAAUGUGAUUGUCCCAGUUUUGUAUCUCCUUUGCUGUAGUGGAUCAAUGAGCAUAUACAACAGUCAAGCCAUCCCUUUCCAUUGAAUAUUGCUUAUCUAUCUCAAUAAUCACUUUCUCACUAAUUCUAAGAGAUACACUAACAAUGUUACCAUUUUAGUGGUCAGCAAAGUUGUAGCUAGACCACCUAAUUUUUAUUAUUUGAUUUAUCCCCAUAUUUUACACAA